UAGAACCCGAUAAGCAGCUUCUGCAGAGCUCCGCCGCAUCCGAAGCCGUAACUUCAACCCCAAAAGCUUCACCAAUGGCGUCUCUCCUUCAACCUUCAUCUCAACUUCUUCUCCGGACACAAACUAAACACAAUACUCAACCAUCGCUUCUCCCUCGCUCCUCCCCUAAAACACCAUUUCUCGUCUCCUUACCUUCCCUCCGUCCCUCGAGACUCAAUCACCUCUCUACUUCCAUCUCAGCGUCGAAGAAACCAUCAGAGAUGGAGAACAAAAAACAGAAGAGUUCAAGCAAGGCGGAGGAACAAGUAGAAGAAGAGGAAGUAGAGGAGGACAUGCUGUGGAUUCAGGAGAAGGCGCUCGACCUAGUCGAGUUCACUGGCUCGGUGACUCAAGCGAUUCCAGGUCCCCGAGUUGGUAGCAGCAAGCUGCCGUGGAUGCUCGCCGUUCCGCUAGCCUACGCCGGCGUGACGUUCGUAAGCGCCUUCGUCAAGACCGUUAAGAAGUUCUCUUCUCCUAAAGCGCAACGCAAGAAACUGGUGAAUCAGAACGCUAUGCUUUGUAGAUCUAUAGAUGAGCUGUUACAGAGAGAAGGCGCAGUGAAUAGCUCUGAGCUUAAGGCAAUUGAAGAAAAGACAGGGUUUAACAUGUCUGAGAUAUUGAGGAAGUACAUACGCUAUGCGUUGAACGAGAAACCGUUUAACCCUGACCUUGUUGCGAGCCUCAUUCAUCUCAGAAGAGCUUCUGGUUUGGAUGAUUCUCAGAUUCCUGAGGUUUUGAAUGAGAUCUCCCGUCGUAUUGUUAAAGAAAAAGGUCCUGUUGUGAUGAACAUGCAAGGGUUUACGGAAAAGGGGUUCAAGAGAAAACUAGCCGUGCAGGCGCUUUUUGGAAAAAUCUACUAUCUUUCCGAGCUUCCUGACUUCUGCUCAAAAGACAACUCCUUAAUUGUCAAGGAAAUAUUCGGAGUUACAGACGAAGACGCAGAGAAGCUGCGGAUACACGCCCUUGCUGAAGCUGGAGACAUAGACUCACUUGAGAAAAUGGUGGAAUUCGAGAAAGCGGCUGAUUCUUCGUCGGAUAUAGAAGAUACAAAUGAAGAAGACGACACUACUACUACUGCUACCCCUUGAGAUAUAUGUUCAAAAACCAACUUCAGUACUAGAGAUUUUUCCAAGGGUUCUUUUAUUAUGCUAUUUGAGUUAAUCAGAAGUUCAACCAAAUAAAUCGUCUUUGGGUAUAGAGACGACUUGUGUAACAAAAAUUCGAAAAUGCAGCACAACAAAUACUAGUUGUGGCUUAUAUUAA